UGCAGCGAGCUCGCUACCAGGCCUCACAGCAGGCGUGACCAUGGGAGUGACAGCUGCAGCAGCUGCAGUCAACCGAAGAAAGCCAGUGAGGAGUCAAAAGUCACUGGCAAAGGCCAAGAAGGAGAUGUCAGAAUCCGGCCUGAUGCACUUGGUCGCAUCGGUUCAGGAUGUCUUGUCCAAACCUCACGAGGGGGAUCGCAUUGGGGAUCUGAAGGCAUUGGCUGCUGAGCUGAAGCACACUCAGCAGAAUAGCACCAGCCCAAUGGAGGGCCCCUUGCGAUGGGUGGCGAACAUGGCAGCAGCUCUUCUGUUGACUCAAGGCAUGGACUUGCAGCCUGCGCAUGCUGGAGAUGUGGUCAAUUACUCGGACUUCAUUGAUUCAGUGAACAACGGUGACGUUGAGAUGGUGCGGGUUCAGCCAGACAUGCUGUCGGCCCAGUAUGUUACCAAGGAAGGUGCCCGGCGGGAAGUGAACCUCAUUCCAAAUAGCCAGAUUGAAGAUCAGCUCUUCAACCAGCUUGUGGAUGUGGUGAUGUCGACGGGUGAGGCCGGAUCUCCUUUCGACUUCCUUGCCCGCUUCGCUGGUCCACUUGCAUGGCUG